AUGUUCAAUAAUUUCUUCCCGAAGAUACACAACAAACAUCUUCAAUACCAACAAAAACAUACAGAUAAUGAAUUAAUUCAUACAAAUUUAAAUCAUACCAUUGAAGAAUCUCAUACACCAAUUCCAUUAAGACAAACAACAACCACAAAAAAACGUUUAGGUACACGUCGUAAAGAUUCAAUUAAUCAUAAUAUUAAUUCACAUCCAUUACAAACUCAACAAAAUCUAUCAACAUCAUCGAAACGACCUAUACUCGAAGCUCAUAUAACAGUACAUUGUCAAGGAAUGAUAUUUUCUACAACACUUCUUUCAACAUUAAAAGCUCAAUAUAAAAUAGAUGUUGCUAAUAUUGGUGGAAUGAAAUCACGUUAUACAACUAUUAUACAUAAACAUGUUUUACAUUUUUUAAAUAAUAAUAAUCAUGAUCAUCAACAGCCUCCAACAAUUAGUUCAGAUAAUUAUGUACGAGUUGAUUUUCCUGAAGUACAUUGUCGUUUAAAUCUUUAUACAAAAAUUGAUGUACUUAAAUUAACUAUAACAGCUGAUUUUCUUGCACAAUUAGUUUUUGUUUCAAAAGUAAUUAUACAUGAAACAAAUGAAAUUAUUGAAAAAGUUUCUGGAUUUGAUCAAUUUCAUUUUGGAGCAACAAAACAUACGCGUUUAUCAUCAUCAUCAACAGUACCUAUUAUGCGUAUUGGUUCAACAGAUACAGAAAAUGAAAAUGAAGAUGAAGAUGACGAUGAUGAUGAACCAGAAAAAGAUCAACAAACAACACCACCAACAUUGUUUACAUAUAAAAUAGAUAUAUCAAUGAAAGGUUUUGAAGUUAUGGGUCAAACGCCGUCAAAUACAAUAGUUAAAUUUGAAAAUGGUGAUAAAAAAGUACCAAUAUUUGUGAAGUUAACAAAUUAUGAUGAAAAAAAUUCUUUAUUAUUAUAUAAUAAACCAUUAAUUAAUGCACUGUUAAAUAUUAAACUUAGUCUAGGACAGUUAUUACAUACAGGUAGUUUUCAAGAUGCUGCUUAUUUUGAAACAAAAUUACUUUUAAAAAAUUCAUUACAAUCGGAUGAUCCAGAUAAAGAAGCUUAUUUUAUUCGUUUAACAAAACCAAGUUUCUAUUGGCAACCUGGUGCUAUUGAUAAAGAUAUUGCUAUAUCACUUCAACAAUAUAAUCCACCGACAAAAUUAACAACAACGGAUAAUUUAACAUCAUCAGGAAUAAUAACUCAAGAAUCUAUUCCGAUACUUGAUAAAACAACAAUAUCAGCAUGUUCAUGUGGUGCAAUAAUAAGUUCAAGUUCAUUUGAAGGUUUUCGUUUUCGUUUUGCUGAAAAUUUUCAACAAACAAAUAAAAAUUGGAAACCUGCGCGUUCAUUAUCAUCGCCAAAUAUUAUUUUAAAUGCGUGUUGUGUACCAAGUGGCCAAUAUUUAAUGCAUUCACGUGCUAAACAUAUACUUAACUCUCGUAGUCCAAAAUGGUUUUUAAAUGUUCAAUGGGAUAUGAAAGGUAUUGAUAUAAAUCUUGAUUCAAUUAUUGGUAAACGUUUUUCACAAUUAAUUCGUACAAUAACAUCAACACAAUUAAUUGAACCAAUUAAUCAUUCAAAUGACGAAAAUAAUUCUUCAUCAAAUUCAAAUUUAUUAAAUGCACAAGCUGGUAGUACAAAAAAUAUUUUAGAAAAUAUUGAUGAAAGUGAAGAUGAUGAAAGAAUAAAACGAUUAGAAUAUGAACAUUUAAUAUUAGGACAAAAAAUUGAAACAUUAAAACGAUCUCAAACAUCUUAUGAAACAUUAAAACCAGAAUUAGCAAGAUAUGAAUGGUUGGAAAAGGAGUUAUUACAUACGGUUAAAUCAGAAAUAUCACAAAUUAUGAAAAAACAAUCAAAUAAGUCUGGUCAUAAUCGUGAUCGAAAUCGUAUUGAUUCACGAAGUCACAAACGAACACAAUCACAUGAUCCUAGUAGACCUUCACAUCAUACUCAUUCGGAAAAGGGGGAACGACCAUCAUCAAUACAUGAAGAUGAGACAGAAAACGGAACAACACGAGCAUCAAAUAUUAGUAUUCGGUUUCCAUUACAAGAUCCAUCAAUGUUCGAUGAUCAUCAAUUAAUAACAACCAAUACACUAAAUGAAAUUACAUUUGCACCAGCUAUAGAUUUAGAAUUAAAUUUUCAAGUUCAAAUUGCUAGUGAUUCAUGUAAUCUGUAUACAUGUCGUGAUUUAAUAUCAAAUUCAUCAUUUACAACAAUAAAUUCAACUAAACAAUAG